AUGGCCAAAAAGAAAUUGUCUCAUUCUUCACAAUCUCAAGACCCCAAACAAUCCCAAAUGGAAGCUCAAACAAUGUCAGUGGUUAACCUAACUGAUAACUCCUCUUCUCACAAGAUUGAGAAUCUCAAAAACCUCAAUGCUGUCCUUCUCAAAGAGACUACUCAAUGCCGCCACCAGAUUCAAUAUCUCCAGUCCGAGCUCCACCGUUCCGCCGUCACCUACGACGAUAACCUCGCCGCUUUCCACAUAGAAAACGCCGUUACUUCCCUCUUUGUCGACUGCCAGGUCCAGGAGAUGAACCUCUGUUUCCACACACUUCUUGGAGAGAAGGACGGCGAGGUUGACGCUCUCAAAUGUCAACUCAGUGGCCUUGCUCUGCGUCUCCAGAAGGAGACCACUGCUCUCGCGAAAGAGAGAGACAGUCUGGCCUACAAGAGAAAACUGUUCGAGGAGAGUGCAGACAGAGAGGGGAAGCUUCGAGAAGAAAUGGAGAAGAUUAGGUCGGACAGUGAAGAGAUGUUGUCGCAGCAACAGAUAGACAUCGAGGAAUUGAAAAUGGAGCGAGAUUCGGCACUGAAGAGUUCUCGAGAGUCACUUGCCGCUGUUGAAAUCUUAAAGGAGAAGAUUGAAGCGGUGACAAGGGAGAAGAAUGAGUAUGUGAAGGUGAGCCAGAAUCAGGAGCAGAAAAUCGGUCGUCUUGAAGAGGAGUUGACAGUCGUCAACGAGUCUUGGAAGAAGCAAGAGCAGUGCAUGCGCGUUCAGUUUAUCCAUGUGGACGAGAGGCUUGGUGUAGCGACGCAGAAGAUGGAGGAGAUGGCGAAGGAGAUCAGUACCUUGCUCGCUGAGAAGAAGGAGAUUGAAAAGAGUGUUGCGAUGUUAAAUGAGGAUAUCGCUGGUGCUCGGAAGAGUUUGAAUGUGAUUCGGAAUGAGUUGGAAGAUAAGCAGCGUGAGGUUGAUGAAGCUGUUAGAGUUAAGGGUGAAAUUGAGGAGGUGAAGGUUAAUCUGGAAGGUGAAAUUGUUGAGUUGAGAGAAAAAAUCAGUGAAUUGAUGGAGUCUUACCAAAAGUUUGAAGAGGAAAACAAGGAGCUGCUUUCACAAGUAAAGAGUUACAGAAUUGCUGUGGAGGAUGAAAUAGUAGAGAAGGAAAACAUGAAGAAAGUGUUUUAUGAGGAGAAGAAGAAAGUGGAGAAGUUAGAGCUGCUAAUUGCGAAAUCGCAGGAAGAGGUUGUGAAGAGGGAUGCUGAUUUGGUAAAAGUGAGAAGUGAAAGAGAGAGGCUGGUUGAGAAUGAAAAGAAGAUGGAAGGCCAUGUGGGUGAUUUGAGAAAUGAAAAUGAAGCAUUGAAGAGUAAGCUUUUGGAGGCGAGAAAGGAGGUUAAGGAAUUGAGUGCUAAGGUUGAAGUUUGGUGCAAUAAUUCGAACAGGGCCCUGACAUUGUUGAAGAAUGCAGCUGCACUCGUAUCUCAACAGAAGGAAAGAGGAGAGGAAGUGGUGUCAAAUGUGGAAGAAAUGGAAGUAGGUGUUGAAGAAGUGGAGAAAAUAAAAAAGGCAUUUAAAAGCAAAGAGGAAAUGUUGGAUGAAAUGAAGCAGAAAGUUGUUUCAUUGAACAAGUCUGUGGCUGAGGCACACAAAAGUAAGAACAUAUGGACUGUGAUAUCCUCUGCAACUACAAUUUUUGCUGCUGCCUUAGCUGCUUAUGUUGCUAGAGGACGCUGA